AUGCAGUCUUCUGAGGUAUCAAUGGUCAGGCUGCUCGGGGACACGCAGCCAGGAAAGUGCGGCACCAGCCAACCUCACCUAGUGAGGUUUUGGGCCUGGUUGGAGUUGGCGAGUUGCACUUUGGGGGGUGGGUUGGUCCAGCAAGGUGAGUCUGGAUGCCCUGACCCCCCCCAACCUUCCUCCACCACUCCCCCCAAGGUGUUCUUCGACCUGCGGAUCGGUGAGGAGGAUGUGGGCCGUGUUGUCAUUGGACUGUUUGGCAAAACAGUGCCCAAGACGGUGGAGAACUUCAUGGCCUUGGCCACUGGAGAGAAAGGGUUUGGUUUCAAGGGCAGCAAGUUCCACCGUGUGAUCAAAGACUUCAUGAUCCAGGGAGGAGACUUCACCCGUGGCGAUGGCACUGGAGGAAAAAGCAUCUAUGGGGACCGUUUCCCUGACGAGAACUUCAAGCUGAAGCAUUACGGGCCAGGCUGGGUGAGCAUGGCCAACGCUGGCAAGGACACCAACGGCUCCCAGUUCUUCAUCACCACCGUGAAGACGCCCUGGCUGGACGGGAAGCACGUGGUGUUCGGCAAAGUGCUGGAGGGCAUGGACGUGGUGAGGAAGGUGGAGAGCACAAAGACAGACAGCCGGGACAAGCCGCUCAAGGACGUCACCAUCGUCGACUGUGGCACCAUCGAGGUGGAGAAGCCGUUUGCCAUCGCCAAAGAGUGAGGGACCAGGCCCUGCUGGGCUGUGAGGGGCUGUGGCAUGGGGGCUGCUGUGCUUCCCCUACCCUGGGGCCACUGGGGUCUGCCGUGUCCUAGUGCCUGGCCCCUCUCCCUGCUGCCUCCCAGCCAGUGGGACGGGGCACAGGCUGUUCUUCCAUCAUUUUUGUAAGAAGCACAUGCACCAAUAAAUGUGACCAAUGUGUUUUUUAAA